AUGCUGAUGGACGCCUACCGCGACGAACGCCCUGGAAUCCGCAUCGCCUAUAGAACGGACGGUCAUCUCCUGAAUAACCGGCGCAUGAACUUCCAAUCGCGUGUAUCCACAGCCACCGUGCACGAACUCCUCUUCGCCGACGACUGCGCCCUGAACACCACCUCCGAAGCGGAGAUGCAACGGAGCAUGGACCUAUUCUCCGCCGCCUGCGAGAACUUUGGGCUGGUUAUCAACACGCAGAAGACGGUGGUGAUGCAUCAACCGCCACCCAACUCAGUCACAGCCCCCAACGCGCCGCAAAACAGCGUGAACGGAACCCAACUGCAAGUGGUGGAGAACUUCCCGUAUCUUGGCAGUUCCCUCUCCCGCAACACCAAGAUCGAUGACGAAGUCGCCAACAGGAUCUCGAAAGCCAGUCAAGCCUUCGGUCACCUCCGAAGCACAGUCUGGAAUCGCCACGGUCUGCAACUGAGCACAAAGCUGAAGAGGUACAAGGCCGUCAUCCUGCCGACGCUACUGUACGGAGCGGAGACCUGGACGGUGUACACGAGGCAGGCACGCCGACUGAACCACUUCCACCUCAGUUGA